CGCAAUUAAAAACUUCUGGUACAAACCCUUUGAAGAAGAGACUGGUAGGCGCAGUGUUCUGACUCCCGGAAUUGUUUGAAACUCAGAGAGAUAUGGCCUUCACUAUAUCCCCAUCUCAUUUUUUUCCCAGGAAACCCUUUCAGAGAGUAUCAACUCCGCCCCCAAUCUUAUCCCCUUCGUCUUUCAGGUUACCCAUAAAGGUCCCAGGAAAUAGAUUGGUGGUAGUCUGUUCAGCAUCCUCUGCAGGAGGAAGUUCGAGCUCAAGCAGUGACUUAGAUCCUUAUGAGGUUUUAGGUGUAAACCCCAUUGCAGGGUUUGAGAAGAUAAAGACUGCUUAUGCUAGGAAACGCAAAGAUGCUGAACGGAAUGGCGAUGAAGCAACUGCCACCCAACUGGAAAUGGCAUAUGACAAGAUCAUGAUGUCUCAACUAACACAAAGAAAGAAGGGUGUUACAUUCGGAUCAUUUAAGGUUUCAAAGGAGAUAAAGUAUGCUGAUAAGCAGCCUAUUGUAUCAUGGGGUCCCAGGUUCAGCAAAUCAGAAUCCAGAGAUAUGCAAAUUAAUAUGGCACUUUCAGCUGUAUUUACAGCUUGGGUUUUUAUCAAACGCAAUGCCGAAUGGAAGCCUUUGCAAUUCUUGGCUUUUGUGUUCGUGUACAGGAUUUUUGAAAAAUUAAAAGCUUUGGAGCCUCCUCCGUCUCUUGCAUUUACAGAAGAAGCGGAUAACGGGCGAAUGUUAAGGAUGGGUAAAAGGCUUCUGCGUUCUCUUGGUCUGGCAUUUGGUUGCAUUGCUGUUUCUUCUUUGGGAUACACGGGCAUCCUAAAUCUGAUUGAAUUCACGGGCCGUUUUAUUCCUGCUAUUAUUUACAACAACCAGGAAGUGAUUGUAACAACUGCAACAGCCAUCUUGCUUUACAUUACUGCAUCAUAUUACAGAUGAUGAUGAAAUAUUGUAGAGUUUGAAGUAAAUGGUACACUCUGGUCUUUUAGGAGAUUGUGAUUGUGAUAAUCAUAUUUCAGAUGAUUGAUCUCCUUUUUCAACUUUCAACCUUGUGCUAAAACCCUUCUUAUGUUUUGUAGUGGAAAUUUAAUUCAUUUUUUGUCAGGAUUGAUACUUUUGCGCUUUGAAAGUUUGAAGUGACAAUGCGAUGAAGAAAAGCAGUCAAAAGUAACCCCACUAUAUUUUAGUUGAUUAAUAGCAAUAACAAAAUGUUCUUUAGUGUAGUUGAUAAGGACCUUCUCUUUGAUUUUAAUUCUUUUUCUAGGGGCAGAUUAAGGGUGUGGAUUAUUGACUAAUAUUGAGUCCGGUCAUACGGGCAUGUAGCUGUUAAAGGUGAACACGGUUCUGGAACUGGAUUGGAACUAGAACCAGUUAACUUAGUUUUUACAAGGAACUAGAACUAGAACUGAGGAACUGAAACCAAGAAUGGGAUUGGAAUUAAACCGGUACUGGCUCUGGAUAUAUGGACCGGAACCUGCUGGUCUGGUUGAGGUCCGUUUUAUAUAUACCAGUACAUUAUACGGUAUGUGGUUUAUAAAAUGGAAAAGUUUUAUAAAAGUUUUAUAGAACUAGUAAUUUGUAAAAUGUUAUAAAACGGUCUGUUUUUAUAAUACGGAGAAGUUUAUAAAAGUUAUCGGUUGGUCGUGCUUAGACUAGACUUAAAGAUGUUUUCUUUUGAACUGUUUUCUG